GGCGGCGGUGGCGAGCGCUCCGGGCGGAUGCUGGCACUCAGGCUUCGCUGCUCUCUGGAUGCUGCUCAACUUCUAGCCCAAGCGCAGGAGCUUUGAAGUCAUUUGUCCCUUUUCGCUUGGAUCGACUUCUUAUUUUGAGAUUUUGGGCAUUGCGGUUUACGCAGGAACCUCAAUAUCGCUCUCCCCACCUCCCUCCCUCUUUCUCCAACCUUUGGAUGCGUCUCUGCUGGCAGAUAUAAAGACCCAAGUCUUCGCGGUGGAAUUUCUUAGAUGGACUUGCGGGGGCUGGCGUUAUAAAGCAUGUCAUCGUAACCCCGUCCUCGUCUUUGUUUAUUAUUUUUUUUUAAGUUCUUUUGUUUUCAUUUUCCUCUCCUUCCCACCCCUUCCCCCAACCAAUAAAUCACCAAACUGUUACCUAGCGGGCCGGUGCCUGCCUCUCUCCCUGAACUAGGUGGUGCGUCUGCCAGAAGAGGAGCUAUGUUUGAAGAGCAGCCUACUCCACCCCUCUCCUCUCUGGUCCCUGAACACCACCACACACUGGCAUUUUGAAAAAAAUAUUUUCCUCCAGAAACUGAGCACCCCCAAGCCCUACCACCCGUUUUUUUUUCUUUCUUUCUUUCUUUUUUUUUUUUCCUUCUUGAGGAAUGGAGCUUCGCAGAGGUUGCAUUUAGAUUCAACAGUUCACAGCGGCGGGCUGCUGCUGCUGCCUCUCCGAAGAGCUCGCGGAGCUCCCCAGAGGCGGUGAUCCCCGUGCUUGUCUGGAUGCGGCUCUGAGUCUCCGUGUGUCUUUCUGCUUGUUGCUGUGUGCGGGUGUUCGGCCGCGAUCACCUUUGUGUGUCUUCUGUCUGUUUAAACCUCAGGAUGGCUCGCUUCGGGGAGGCGGUGGUCGCCAGGCCGGGGUCCGGCGAUGGAGACUCGGACCAGAGCAGGAACCGGCAAGGAACCCCCGUGCCGGCCUCGGGGCAGGCGGCCGCCUACAAGCAGACGAAAGCGCAGAGGGCGCGGACUAUGGCUUUGUACAACCCCAUUCCCGUCCGGCAGAACUGUUUCACCGUCAACAGAUCCCUGUUCAUCUUCGGAGAAGAUAACAUUGUCAGGAAAUAUGCCAAGAAGCUCAUCGAUUGGCCGCCAUUUGAGUACAUGAUCCUGGCCACCAUCAUUGCCAACUGCAUCGUCCUGGCCCUGGAGCAGCAUCUUCCUGAGGAUGACAAGACCCCCAUGUCCCGAAGACUGGAGAAGACGGAACCUUAUUUCAUUGGGAUCUUUUGCUUUGAAGCUGGGAUCAAAAUUGUGGCCCUAGGGUUCAUCUUCCAUAAGGGCUCAUACCUCCGCAAUGGCUGGAAUGUCAUGGACUUCAUCGUGGUCCUCAGUGGCAUCCUGGCCACUGCGGGAACUCACUUCAAUACUCAUGUGGACCUGAGGACUCUCCGGGCUGUGCGUGUCCUGCGGCCCUUGAAGCUCGUGUCAGGGAUACCUAGCCUGCAGAUUGUUUUGAAGUCCAUCAUGAAGGCCAUGGUACCUCUUCUGCAGAUUGGCCUUCUGCUCUUCUUUGCCAUCCUGAUGUUUGCUAUCAUUGGUUUGGAGUUCUACAGUGGGAAGUUACAUCGAGCAUGCUUCAUGAACAAUUCAGGUAUUCUAGAAGGAUUUGACCCCCCUCACCCAUGUGGUGUGCAGGGCUGCCCAGCUGGUUAUGAAUGCAAGGACUGGAUCGGCCCCAAUGAUGGGAUCACCCAGUUUGAUAACAUCCUUUUUGCUGUGCUGACUGUCUUCCAGUGCAUCACCAUGGAAGGGUGGACCACCGUGCUGUACAAUACCAAUGAUGCCUUAGGAGCCACCUGGAAUUGGCUGUACUUCAUCCCCCUCAUCAUCAUUGGAUCCUUCUUUGUUCUCAACCUAGUCUUGGGAGUGCUUUCCGGGGAAUUUGCCAAAGAGAGAGAGAGAGUGGAGAACCGAAGGGCUUUCAUGAAGCUGCGGCGCCAGCAGCAGAUUGAGCGUGAGCUGAAUGGCUACCGUGCCUGGAUAGACAAAGCAGAGGAAGUCAUGCUCGCUGAAGAAAAUAAAAAUGCUGGAACAUCUGCCUUAGAAGUGCUUCGAAGGGCAACCAUCAAGAGGAGCCGGACAGAGGCCAUGACUCGAGACUCCAGUGAUGAGCACUGUGUUGAUAUCUCCUCUGUGGGCACACCUCUGGCCCGAGCCAGUAUCAAAAGUGCAAAGGUAGACGGGGUCUCUUAUUUCCGGCACAAGGAAAGGCUUCUGCGCAUCUCCAUUCGCCACAUGGUUAAAUCCCAGGUGUUUUACUGGAUUGUGCUGAGCCUUGUGGCACUCAACACUGCCUGUGUGGCCAUUGUCCAUCACAACCAGCCCCAGUGGCUCACCCACCUCCUCUACUAUGCAGAAUUUCUGUUUCUGGGACUCUUCCUCUUGGAGAUGUCCCUGAAGAUGUAUGGCAUGGGGCCUCGCCUUUAUUUUCACUCUUCAUUCAACUGCUUUGAUUUUGGGGUCACAGUGGGCAGUAUCUUUGAAGUGGUCUGGGCAAUCUUCAGACCUGGUACAUCUUUUGGAAUCAGUGUCUUGCGAGCCCUCCGGCUUCUAAGAAUAUUUAAAAUAACCAAGUAUUGGGCUUCCCUACGGAAUUUGGUGGUCUCCUUGAUGAGCUCAAUGAAGUCUAUCAUCAGUUUACUUUUCCUCCUCUUCCUCUUCAUCGUUGUCUUUGCUCUCUUAGGAAUGCAGUUAUUUGGAGGCAGGUUUAACUUUAAUGAUGGGACUCCUUCGGCAAAUUUUGACACCUUCCCUGCAGCCAUCAUGACCGUGUUCCAGAUCCUGACGGGUGAGGACUGGAAUGAGGUGAUGUACAAUGGGAUCCGCUCCCAGGGCGGGGUCAGCUCAGGCAUGUGGUCUGCCAUCUACUUCAUUGUGCUCACCUUGUUUGGCAACUACACGCUACUGAAUGUGUUCUUGGCUAUCGCUGUGGAUAAUCUCGCCAACGCCCAGGAACUGACCAAGGAUGAACAGGAGGAAGAAGAGGCCUUCAACCAGAAACAUGCACUGCAGAAGGCCAAGGAGGUCAGCCCGAUGUCUGCACCCAACAUGCCUUCGAUCGAAAGAGACAGAAGGAGAAGACACCACAUGUCGAUGUGGGAGCCACGCAGCAGCCACCUGAGGGAGCGGAGGCGUCGGCAUCACAUGUCCGUGUGGGAGCAGCGUACCAGCCAGCUGAGGAAGCACAUGCAGAUGUCCAGCCAGGAGGCCCUCAACAGGGAGGAGGCACCGCCCAUGAACGCACUCAACCCCCUCAACCCGCUCAGCCCCCUCAACCCGCUCAAUGCCCACCCCAGCCUUUAUCGGAGACCCAGGGCCAUUGAGGGCCUGGCCCUGGGCCUGGCCCUGGAGAAGUUCGAGGAGGAGCGCAUCAGCCGCGGGGGGUCCCUCAAGGGGGAUGGAGGGGACCGAUCCAGUGCCCUGGACAACCAGAGGACCCCUUUGUCCCUGGGCCAGCGGGAGCCACCGUGGCUGGCCAGGCCCUGUCAUGGAAACUGUGACCCGACUCAGCAGGAGGUGGGGGGAGGAGAGGCUGUGGUGACCUUUGAGGACCGGGCCAGGCACAGGCAGAGCCAGCGGCGCAGCCGGCAUCGCCGCGUCAGGACAGAAGGCAAGGAGUCCUCCUCGACCUCCCGGAGCAGGUCUGCCAGCCAGGAACGCAGUCUGGAUGAAGCCAUGCCCACUGAAGGGGAGAAGGACCAUGAGCUCAGGGGCAACCAUGGUGCCAAGGAGCCAACGAUCCAAGAAGAGAGAGCCCAGGAUUUAAGGAGGACCAACAGUCUGAUGGUGUCCAGAGGCUCCGGGCUGGCAGGGGGCCUUGAUGAGGCUGACACCCCCCUAGUCCUGCCCCAUCCUGAGCUGGCAGUGGGGAAGCACGUGGUGCUGAUGGAGCAGGAGCCGGAAGGCAGCAGUGAGCAGGCCCUGCUGGGGAAUGUGCAGCUAGACAUGGGCCGGGUCAUCAGCCAGAGCGAGCCCGACCUCUCCUGCAUCACGGCCAACACGGACAAGGCCACCACCAAGAGCACCAGUGUCACCGUCGCCAUCCCUGACGUGGACCCCUUGGUGGACUCAACCGUGGUGCACAUUAGCAACAAGACGGAUGGGGAAGCCAGUCCCUUGAAGGAGGCAGAGAUCAGAGAGGAUGAGGAGGAGGUGGAGAAGAAGAAGCAGAAGAAGGAGAAGCGUGAGACAGGCAAAGCCAUGGUGCCCCACAGCUCAAUGUUCAUCUUCAGCACCACCAACCCGAUCCGGAGGGCCUGCCACUACAUCGUGAACCUGCGCUACUUUGAGAUGUGCAUCCUCCUGGUGAUCGCAGCCAGCAGCAUCGCCUUGGCGGCAGAGGACCCCGUCCUUACCAACUCGGAGCGCAACAAAGUCCUGAGGUAUUUUGACUACGUGUUCACGGGUGUGUUCACCUUUGAGAUGGUUAUAAAGAUGAUAGACCAAGGCUUGAUCCUGCAGGAUGGGUCCUACUUCCGAGACCUGUGGAACAUCCUGGACUUUGUGGUGGUCGUUGGCGCAUUGGUGGCCUUUGCUCUGGCAACCAACAAAGGACGGGACAUCAAGACCAUCAAGUCUCUGCGGGUGCUCCGAGUUCUAAGGCCACUGAAAACCAUCAAGCGCUUGCCCAAGCUCAAGGCCGUCUUCGACUGCGUAGUGACCUCCUUGAAGAAUGUCUUCAACAUACUCAUUGUCUACAAGCUCUUCAUGUUCAUCUUUGCUGUCAUCGCAGUUCAGCUCUUCAAGGGAAAGUUCUUUUAUUGCACAGACAGUUCCAAGGACACAGAGAAGGAGUGCAUAGGCAACUAUGUAGAUCAUGAGAAAAACAAGAUGGAGGUGAAGGGCCGGGAAUGGAAGCGCCAUGAAUUCCACUACGACAACAUUAUCUGGGCCCUGCUGACCCUCUUCACUGUCUCCACAGGGGAAGGAUGGCCUCAAGUUCUGCAGCACUCUGUAGAUGUGACAGAGGAAGACCGAGGCCCAAGUCGCAGCAACCGCAUGGAGAUGUCUAUCUUUUAUGUGGUCUACUUUGUGGUCUUCCCUUUCUUCUUUGUCAAUAUCUUUGUGGCUCUCAUCAUCAUCACCUUCCAGGAGCAAGGGGAUAAGAUGAUGGAGGAGUGCAGCCUGGAGAAGAACGAGAGGGCGUGCAUCGACUUUGCCAUCAGCGCCAAACCUCUCACUCGCUACAUGCCGCAGAACAGACACACCUUCCAGUACCGUGUGUGGCACUUUGUGGUGUCUCCGUCUUUUGAGUACACCAUUAUGGCCAUGAUUGCCUUGAAUACCGUCGUGCUGAUGAUGAAGUAUUACUCUGCUCCCUGUACCUAUGAGCUGGCCCUGAAGUACCUGAAUAUCGCCUUCACCAUGGUGUUUUCCCUGGAAUGCGUCCUGAAGGUCAUCGCUUUUGGCUUUUUGAACUAUUUCCGAGACACCUGGAAUAUCUUUGACUUCAUCACCGUGAUUGGCAGUAUCACAGAAAUUAUCCUGACAGACAGCAAGCUGGUGAACACCAGUGGCUUCAAUAUGAGCUUUCUGAAGCUCUUCCGAGCUGCCCGCCUCAUAAAGCUCCUGCGUCAGGGCUAUACCAUACGCAUUUUGCUGUGGACCUUUGUGCAGUCCUUUAAGGCCCUCCCUUAUGUCUGCCUUUUAAUUGCCAUGCUUUUCUUCAUUUAUGCCAUCAUUGGGAUGCAGGUAUUUGGAAACAUAAAAUUAGAUGAGGAGAGUCACAUCAACCGGCACAACAACUUCCGGAGUUUCUUUGGGUCCCUAAUGCUACUCUUCAGGAGUGCCACAGGUGAGGCCUGGCAGGAGAUUAUGCUGUCAUGCCUUGGGGAGAAGGGCUGUGAGCCUGACACCACCGCACCAUCAGGGCAGAACGAGAAUGAGCGCUGCGGCACCGAUCUGGCCUACGUGUACUUUGUCUCCUUCAUCUUCUUCUGCUCCUUCUUGAUGCUCAACCUGUUCGUGGCCGUCAUCAUGGACAACUUUGAGUACCUGACUCGGGACUCCUCCAUCCUGGGGCCUCACCACUUGGACGAGUUUGUCCGCGUCUGGGCAGAAUAUGACCGAGCAGCAUGCGGCAGGAUCCCGUAUAAGGAUAUGUACAAAUUAGUGCGGGUGAUCUCGCCUCCUCUGGGCCUGGGAGAGAACUGCCCCUACAGGGUGGCUUGCAAGAGGUUGGUCCUGAUGAACAUGCCAGUAGCUGAGGACAUGACGGUCCACUUCACCUCCACACUUAUGGCUCUGAUCCGGACAGCUCUGGACAUUAAAAUUGCCAAAGGUGGUGCAGACAGGCAGCAGCUAGACUCAGAGCUACAAAAGGAGACCCUAGCCAUCUGGCCUCACCUAUCCCAGAAGAUGCUGGAUCUGCUUGUGCCCAUGCCCAAAGCCUCUGACCUGACUGUGGGCAAAAUCUAUGCAGCAAUGAUGAUCAUGGACUACUAUAAGCAGAGUAAGGUGAAGAAGCAGAGGCAGCAGCUGGAGGAACAGAAAAAUGCCCCCAUGUUCCAGCGCAUGGAGCCUUCAUCUCUGCCUCAGGAGAUCAUUGCUAAUGCCAAAGCCCUGCCUUACCUCCAGCAGGACCCCGUUUCAGGCCUGAGUGGCCGGAGUGGAUACCCUUCUAUGAGUCCACUCUCUCCCCAGGAGAUAUUCCAGUUGGCUUGUAUGGACUCCGCCGAUGAUGGACAGUUCCAGGAACAGCAGUCUCUGGAGCCAGAGGUUAGUGAAUUAAAAAGCGUGCAGCCCUCUAACCAUGGCAUCUACCUUCCUUCGGACACCCAGGAGCAUGCGGGAUCUGGGAGGGCAUCCUCUAUGCCACGUCUGACUGUGGAUCCCCAGGUGGUGACAGACCCUAGCUCCAUGAGACGUUCAUUUUCCACUAUUCGGGAUAAGCGUUCAAAUUCCUCGUGGUUGGAGGAAUUCUCCAUGGAGCGAAGCAGUGAAAAUACCUACAAGUCCCGUCGCCGGAGUUACCACUCCUCCUUGCGGCUGUCAGCCCACCGCCUAAACGCUGAUUCAGGCCACAAGUCUGACACUCACCGCUCAGGGGGCAGGGAGCGGGGACGAUCAAAAGAGCGAAAGCAUCUUCUCUCUCCUGAUGUCUCCCGCUGCAAUUCAGAAGAGCGAGGGACCCAGGCUGACUGGGAGUCCCCAGAGCGCCGUCAAUCCAGGUCACCUAGUGAGGGCAGGUCACAGACGCCCAACAGACAGGGCACAGGUUCCCUAAGUGAGAGCUCCAUCCCCUCUGUCUCUGACACCAGCACCCCAAGAAGAAGUCGUCGGCAGCUCCCACCCGUCCCGCCAAAGCCCCGGCCCCUCCUUUCCUACAGCUCCCUGAUUCGACACACGGGCAGCAUCUCUCCACCUGCUGAUGGAAGCGAGGAGAGCUCCCUGCUGACCUCCCAAGCCCUGGAGAGCAACAAUGCUUGCCUGACCGAGUCUUCCAACUCUCCGCACCCCCAGCAGAGCCAACAUGCCUCCCCACAGCGCUACAUCUCCGAACCCUACUUGGCCCUGCACGAAGACUCCCACGCCUCAGACUGUGGCGAGGAGGAGACGCUCACUUUCGAAGCAGCCGUGGCUACUAGCCUGGGCCGUUCCAACACCAUCGGCUCAGCCCCACCCCUGCGGCACAGCUGGCAGAUGCCCAACGGGCACUAUCGGCGGCGGAGGCGCGGGGGGCCUGGGCCAGGCAUGAUGUGUGGGGCUGUCAACAACCUGCUAAGUGACACGGAAGAAGAUGACAAAUGCUAGAGGCUGCUCCCCCCUCCGAUGCAUGCUCUUCUCUCACAUGGAGAAAACCAAGACAGAAUUGGGAAGCCAGUGCGGCCCGGGGGGGAGGAAGAGGGAAAAGGAAGAUGGAAGGACACCAUGCAUUAUCAGAGAAGAGGAAGUAAAGGACAAUCAGAACACCAGUCAAACCCACCAAAUUGCUUUACUCCCCUUUGCAAGAUGGGCACUGCCAUAGUUCUGCCUCUUUGCUGGGGAAAGAAAACAGGAAUGUGGAGGGUUAUUACUGCGGGAGAAGGGACAUGAGGAUGGCUUUGCUUCCCCUUGCCCCUUCCCACUUUUCUAAAAGCUGUGGAGGGAUCUAGCUGGCCUAUGUCUACACUCAGUGCCCUGAGAAGCCUGGAAGACUUUCUGGCUCUUAACUGGGGAGUAGUGGAGACCAUAGGAGAGGACUCUCCUCCCUCACCAGCUCUUAUGCCUCAGCCAGCACCACUGCCACCAGGGCAACUGCAGCAGCAGCAGCAGCAUCUCAUGCAUAACCCUGUGGCUUACUUCCCCCAGGGCAGCACAGGCUAAGUCAGGAACAUCAGAUGCCAGGGAGGGAGGAGAAAGCCGAAGCGAAAGGGGUCAGGGUGCUGAGGCAACAGCAGCAAGGGCUGGUCUGGACGAGAAAAGCCAUAGCCCGGCAGCCCCUACCAUGAGGGAGACAGAGAAACAGAACUGGUGGUGCUGGGGGGUAUAGCCCCCCAUCCUUGAGGCCUGUCACCCACACAGUAGGUGCUGAGAGUUAGGACAGGUCAGGAAGUUCCCCAGGGUCCACAAAGGUGCUCUGGUAAGGGUGAAGGUAAAAGUAUUUAACAAUCGCUAUGGUAUCAAUGUAAGUGGAGUUUGGUCCUAGUGCUGGAGCCCAUGCUAUUCCAGGCAUUGGCUCUUUAGAUGCCAGUCAUGGGGAAACCCUGAAGGUGUGGGUAGAGUAGCAGGGGCCACCUAAGGGAUUCAAAACAGAGUCUGUUUUCCAACCAGUGUGGAAGCAAUUAAAUAUUCGUAACAGUGCUACAGCCACACCAGCACCUCCUGGCUGAAGGUCAACCCACACUGUGGUCCAUGAGGCAGCAAGGCCAGUGCUGUGCCAAGCCCAGUAAGGCCAAGUGCCAGAGGCCAAGCCUUCCCUGCCACUCCUCUGAGAGAGCAGAACACACAUAUCCAAGUAGGCUACCCACCACUGGGUAGGGACUUCUGUAAAGAUGGGAAAGGCUGAUAGAUUGAAAUAAGCUUCUAUGAAAGUCUGGAUUUACUGAGGACCUCCCAUGAGGAGGGACCAUUGGGGCCGCAGCUUCUGCAGCUGAUGUGGGGUUCAGGUCAGUUUGUCAGGAUGCUUUAAGGUGAUUAGUAAAUAUACCUCAGCUUAGACUUGGGCUGCUCCUUCUAGCAAAGCAGACUCCAGUGGGGCCUCAUCAUACAGGAUGACAAGACUGGGGCCCUGGUCACCCUGAAUAUGCCCCUGGGCCAAGAUGGGGCUUCACCCCUCCCCAGAGUAAGAGCUGGGGCUGACAGUCCCACCCUGUCAUUCCUAAUGGCCCAAACGCAGAAGCACUGAGCAAGAGAGCCCUUUCUUGCCAAGCCAGUGCUCUUUUGGUAUAUGGCAUACAGCUCCAUUGGAGGGGACACAUCACUGGCUUUAUCCAGUGGAAAUGUACCUUUCCCUUAAGUUCCUCCUUAGUGCCAUCACAGCAGGUGAAUGAGUGCCCGACGGGGCCCUCCUUUCCCCCUCCAGGAACAGAUGGAGCCUGAUCUGCCCUGCACUGAGCACUCAGUGGAUAAACACUCCUCCAGCCUGGACACACUCCUCCUCUUGGGCAGGAGCAAUCCAGAGUUGUUAUUCUUCUUAGAAGGAGCCUCUUUUCCCCUUAUUUUUUAAAUUGAAAUAUAAUAGCUGCAUCAGCCCUGAAAAGCCAAAUUCAACCACAUGGCUGGAGAAUCAUUUGUCAUGGCCCCGCCUUCUCUUCUGAUACUGAUGGAGCUUCAUGACCCACGGUCAGCCCCCAAACCAAAGUUGUCCCAACAGAGGAGGCCAGUGAGGCAGAGACAGAGCUCUCUCACUCUCAGACCCUCUUUCGUGUUCAUUUUCCUCUCCCACUUAGCACGUGUGUGCUUGAGGGUGGCUGGGAAUGUGAUAUACAGCACCCUGAUCCUAACAAACAGGUGUGAUCGUUACAUAAGACGCUGAUGCUGGGCCUUGUAUUGCUUUUAAAGUUUCCUCUGCUCAGCAUCAUUUCAUGCCAUAGUGCUGCUAUGGGCUGCUUUGUGUGCACAAAAUUGCUUUUUCCACCUCGGAAAUGCAGCUUUCCCUAGGGGGAGGCCUACAACAGGACAACCAUUCUGAGCCAGCGAGUCUAUUGCAUGGUGUUUUGAGAAAGGGAAUUUUAGUGACACCUUAUGCCAUUUCAAGAGGAAAAAUGCAGGCUGGCAGAGCAAUUCCCAGAAAUGGAAUUUGCCUGCAAAUAGUAUAAACAACACUAAAUUUACUGUGCCAGGAAACCUUCCUGAACUCCUUGAACUCAUACACACAAGUAUUUGAGUCCUGAAUAAAGUGUUGGAAAGCACUGCAGAUGCGGUCACCUGACUGACCACCUGGGUUUUCUAUUACCAGUGAAUUUCUUUUAUUCACCUUCCCUUGACCAAGAAAUUGGGUUUCUUUUGUUUCUUUUCCCUCAGCCUGCACUUACUCUUCUAUUAAGACCAGAAAAUAAAAUAAUUUUCCAUUGA